AUGGGUUUUGUUUACCUUGCAGAGGCUGAGACGCGUCAGCGAUUGCUGCGCAGCGUCAAGAAAGAGGUGAAGCAGAUUAUGGAGGAGGCAGUCACUCGAAAGUUUGUACAUGAGGACAGCAGCCACAUUAUUUCAUUCUGUGGUGUGGUGGAAGCCUGUGUGUUGCACGGAUUGAAGAGGCGUGCUGCAGGAUUCCUGCGCAGUAACAAGCUGGCAGCACUUUUCCUGAAGGUGGGGAAGGUCUUCACACCUGCUGAGGAUCUGUGCAAGAAGGUGCAGGAGCUGGAACAGAUUAUUGAGAACAAUUCCAGACAGAGUCAGUCUCAGGCAAGCCAGGACAGUAUUCGAAAGCAACCUCAGAGUGCCAACCUCUCCCCUCAAGCCAUUAAACAUCUGUGGAUCCGGACAGCGCUUACAGAGAAAGUUCUGGACAAGAUUGUUCUGUACUUGGUGGAGAACAGCAGUAAAUUCUAUGAGCGGGAUGCUUUACUGAGGGACCCUGUCGAUGGUCCCAUCCUUGCAUCUUUACUGGUUGGUCCCUGUGCUCUGGAGUACACUAAGGCGAAGACAGCUAAUCACUUCUGGACAGAUCCUUCUGCUGAUGAGCUGGUGCAGAGACACCGUAUUCACAGUGGCCACUGCCGCCAAGACUCUCCUACCAAGCGUCCAGCUCUCAUUCAGAAAAGGCAGUCGAGUGGCAGCAUGGAUGACAGGCCGUCCCUGUGGGCUCGGGACUAUGUUGAGUCUCUCCAUCAGAACUCCAGGGCCACAUUACUGUUUGGCAAGAACAAUGUACUAGUCCAGCCGACAGAUGACAUGGAAGCAAUCCCAGGAUACCUCUCUCUGCAUCAAACUGCAGAGCUCAUGACAUUAAAGUGGACACCAAACCAGCUGAUGAAUGGCAAUGUGGAGUUUGAUUAUGAGAAAAGUGUAUACUGGGAUUAUGCCAUGACCAUUCGUUUAGAGGAAAUUGUCUACCUGCAUUGUCACCAACAAGUGGACAGUGGUGGCACUGUGGUCUUGGUAAGCCAGGAUGGCAUCCAGAGACCACCAUUUCGUUUCCCAAAAGGUGGCCAUCUGCUUCAGUUCCUGACAUGUCUGGAGACAGGACUUCUUCCACAUGGCCAGCUUGACCCUCCUCUGUGGUCCCAAAGAGGAAAGGGCAAGGUUUUCCCGAAACUACGGAAAAGAAGUCCACAUGGGUCCUGUGAGUCCUUUUCUGACAAGGACGAUGAUGAGGCAACAGAUUAUGUGUUUCGGAUAAUAUAUCCAGGAAGUCAGGAGUUUGUAGCGCCUGAGCUGAUAGACCCGGCCAUGAGCAUGUGGCAGCCUGCUCCAAGGAAGUCUUCCUGUUCGUCUUGCUCUCAGAACGGCUCUACCGAUGGUGGGCUUCUCAAUGGGUGCAACCAUGACAGGGCGCCAUUGAAGUUACUUUGUGAGACCAUGAAGUACCAGAUAAUUUCCCGUGCUUUUUAUGGCUGGUUGGCCUAUUGCCGUCACUUGUCUACAGUUCGAACACACUUGUCAGCUCUGGUCAAUUCCACCAUCAUUGAGCCUGACAUUCCAUACGAUGCCAGAGAAGGGCUCUCUGAAAAAGUGUGGAAGACAUUUCUACAGGAUAGUUCUACUUAUGAAGAGGCAGAGCUUCUCCGGCUUGUGUACUAUGGUGGUGUAAAUCCCAACCUACGUAAAGAGGUGUGGCCUUUCUUGCUAGGUCACUACCAAUUUACAAUGACACUCAGUAAGAGGAAGGAGGUUGAUGAGCAGGUUCGGGCCAGUUAUGAACAGACCAUGAGUGAGUGGCUGGGCUGUGAGGCUAUUGUAAGGCAGCGUGAAAAGGAGCAGCAUGCUGCUGCACUUGCCAAGUGUGCUUCUGGAGCCAGUGUAGAUCUACGGCAAGACUCUACUAUCAGCACUGAUUCAUCCCAAAGCUGCAGCAGCUCAGAGAAACAGAGCAAUGCCUGUUCCCAGAGUGACUCAAACUGUAGCACUCAGGUUUUUGGAUCUGUUGAUGAGGUUGACCCUAUUGAAUCUGAACCCAAACCAAAAGAGGAGAAGCCACAGCCAAAAAUUCCAAAUGGUGCCCUUCCAAACUGCACUAGUUCUCCAGACUCUGGACAUCCGUCCUCUCGCAACUUUUCUGUAACAUCAGGACUCUCAGAUUGCUCACCAAGCACAGAGGAGGCUUCAACACAGGAGUCUGGAACCAAAAACACACCACCUGAGCCAUUGGCAGUGACUUCUGAUGAGCAUCCAAAAAUCUGUACCCUUGAAAACAAUCUUAAAGAAGAACAAGCAGAACAGACCUUGCCAGCGCUAAAUGCAGACAAUCAGUUCACUAGUAAGGAAGAUUUGGAACUAGGAAAGAAGGAUCAGGAUAUUGCAAACAGGAAUCAGGUGACUGUGAAGGGGGAUACGGACACAGCAAAGAAAGAUGUUGACUUGCAGAAGGACAAUCUUUGCACAGCAAAGGAAGAUAAUGACAAAAGCAAGGAAGAUCCAGAAUCAGGCAACAAGGAGCUGGAUACAGCAAAGGAGGAUUCUGUCCCUGCAAAAGGACAUGUUGGGAAGGAAGAUGUAGACUCUAGCAAAAACUGUAUACACAAAUUACAUACAGGAGAUCUACCUGCAGAGGACGAGAUAAUCAAACCUCAGGAAAAUCACAAGUACUCUGAGAACUCUGAUUCCAAAGAAGUUAGCAGGACUGACAUGGUCAAGUCCAUAGACUCCUCAGAAAAGACACUCAAUUCUAAUGAAACAUUUGUGCAGAAUGUUAUAGUAGCAAACACGCCCCUUAAAAUACAGCAGUGCGAACAACCUGAAACAGAGGAAAAACAACCUAUAAACAGCAAAGAAAAAAGUGCGGGUGAAAAUGAUUCAUUAGAAGAAGGAAUCAAAGACUUACUAAUGUUGACUGAGACUCAGCAAAACAUUCAGUCUGGUGUAGAUAAAGUUGAGCUGGUCUCAAAGCAAGCUGCACAUUUGGAAAUGCAGCUAAAUACAGAACCUACUGGCAAGGAUGACCCUCCUAGAGCAUUGACUAAUGAAGAAUGUAUGGAAAAGGAUAAAAACUCAGACACUUUAAAACCUGAAGAUGAAAGAGAACUCUCUAAGUCAGAGAUUACCAGUGAACCUCAUAUGGACCCUUCUAAAACAGAAUCAAAGCUUGCUCAACCUUCUGUAUUGCAAGGUUUGGAGUUAAUCAACCCAUCUGAUGCUGACAAGUCAUCUGUGCAAUCCUUAAUAAACUGGCCCUCUGAUCCCAACAGAACCAAUCCGUUUAUCAAACAAAUGACCGAACCAGUGUCUGAAAGCUGUAUUUCAAUGAUGUGUUACUCGAAGCAAUCUCCAGACACAUCGGAUGAUUCACCAUCUGCUCUAGAAAUGGAGGAAAUACCAGCUGCUUUGGUUUACAUGCCCACCGAAAAUAUUUUAGCCAAGCCACCCAUUACACUAGAUCCCCCUCCUUUGGCUUUGUCAAUCCCACCAGAGAGGGCUGCAAUAGUUAUGCCUGCUCCAGAACUGUCUGUGGAAGCAGGUCUAAAUACCAGUCCUGAGGUUACUGAAUCAGUCCUGUCUGAGGAAGAACCAGAGAUGGAUAGUCUGUUUCCUAAACCAGAGUCUCUAGCUGUUGGAGGAGAACAUAAAAAUGAUGUAACAUCUCCAGUUUCUUCAAUUGGUACUACUUACUCUCAAGAACUGCUGGACUUGUACACUCUUAAUCUACACCGUAUUGACAAAGAUGUCCAACGAUGUGAUAGAAACUACUGGUAUUUUACCACUGCCAACUUGGAGAAAUUGCGCAACAUCAUGUGCAGCUAUGUUUGGCAGCAUCUGGAUAUCGGCUAUGUGCAAGGAAUGUGUGACUUGCUUGCACCUCUACUUGUUAUUCUUGAUGAUGAGGCCCUGGCUUUUAGCUGCUUUACAGAACUUAUGAAAAGAAUGAAUCAGAACUUCCCUCACGGAGGAGCAAUGGACACCCACUUUGCCAAUAUGCGCUCACUUAUUCAAAUUCUCGACUCUGAGCUUUAUGAGCUGAUGCAACAGAAUGGAGACUACACCCACUUCUACUUCUGCUACCGAUGGUUCCUCUUAGACUUUAAAAGAGAAAUGGUGUACGAUGAUGUGUUUUCUUUAUGGGAGACCAUCUGGGCUGCCCGUACAAUCUCUUCUGGCCACUUUGUGCUCUUCAUUGCGUUGGCAUUAGUAGAGUUAUACAGGGACAUCAUCCUGGAGAACAACAUGGACUUCACUGACAUUAUUAAGUUCUUCAAUGAAAUGGCUGAGAGGCAUGAUGUCCCAAAACUUCUGGUGAUGGCUCGAGACUUGGUCCACAAGGUCCAGAUCCUUAUAGAGAAUAAGUGAUGUUAUUCCCUUGCUUCCUAUUGUCUAAUGGAAAAAACUACUUGUGUUUAAUUACUUGCAUAAUACACUCUGUGUUUUGCCCCAGAUGUUAAAUGGUACCUUCCUCCUAAGAUCAAAGGGGCAGAAGUGAUCGAAAAUCUUUGUACAGUAGAUUAACUUGCUUAAAAGCAAUAACUCCCAA